CAAACACGUCCAUGUAAUGUUGUUUAGUUGUAUUUUCUGUGCAAAAACACCAUCUGCGUGUACGAUUCUAAAGCCACUCUAACAUAAUGUUUAAUUUGUGUCUCUCAACAGGAAAAGCCCAUAAAAGCAUCUCAGGAUGGCUCUGAAUGUGCCCGGUUUGAUAGUGAUGGUGGUGUUCUACGUGUUGAUUUUGGGUACGGGGAUCUGGGCGUCGGUUCGCUCCAGGAGGGCGGAGAACAAGUGCUCGGGGGGCAGCAUGGAGAUAACACUACUGGCUGGACGCAAGAUCAACCUACUGGUUGGGAUUUUCACUCUGACUGCGACGUGGGUUGGUGGAGGUUUCAUCCUUGGCAUUGCUGAAGCGACGUACAACCCAACGCUGGGAGCAGUCUGGGCGCUCAUGCCUGUACCGUACGUUCUGACCUUCUUCAUAGGAGGCUUCUUCUUYGUGAAGCCGAUGCGAGAAAACAACUACAUGACAAUGAUGGACCCGUUCCAAAAGAAGUACGGGAACGUCYUGAGCAGCGCUCUGAUCUUCCCUGCUCUGGUGGCUGAUGUUCUGUGGGUGGCACGCACACUGGUCAGCCUGGGCGGAACGAUGAAGGUCAUCCUGGACCUGCCCUACGUCUACUCCAUCAUCAUCUCCUCAGCGGUGGCUAUAGUCUACACCCUGCUGGGGGGGCUCUACUCUGUUGCGUACACAGACGUCAUCCAGUUGAUCCUCAUCUUUGUCAGCCUGUGGGUCUGUGUUCCCUUCCUGAUGACCAACCCUCACUCUGUGGACAUUUCUCUGACAGCCUACAACCAGACUUUCCAGGCUCCCUGGGUGGGCACCGUGGAGCUGGACGAGGCCGGGAAGUGGUUUGAUGACUUCAUGCUGCUGGCUCUGGGAGGUUUGGCCUACCAGGCUUUCUACCAGAGAAUCCUGUCCUCCUCAUCCUACACCCAGGCUCAGGUGACGUGCUUCGCCUCCUCAGCCUUCUGCCUGGUUCUGGGUAUCCCGUCUGUUCUGGUCGGAGCUGUGGCUGCAUCUACAGACUGGAACUCCACUGCGUAUGGAUUGCCCACCCCAUACGAGCGCAGCGAUGCAGGAUCCAUCCUCCCCCUCUCCCUGYUGUACCUCACCCCCACUUUCGUCUCGGUCAUCGGGAUCGGAGCUGUAGCCGCGGCUGUCAUGUCCUCUAUGGACUCGGCCCUGCUGUCCUCGGCCUCGUUGUUCUCCGCAAACAUUUACAAAAACAUCAUCAGGAAGCAAGCUUCAGACUCUGAGAUGCAGUGGGUGAUCCGGAUCUCGGUGGUGGUGGUGGGCCUGGCUGGGACGGGUCUCACCUUCCUGGACAGCAGCGUCCUGGUYUUCUGGAUCGUUGGCGUCGACAUGUCCUACACAAUCAUGUUUUCGCAGCUGGUCUGCAUUCUCUUUUUUAAGAUCUCUAACGGUUACGGAGCCACAGUGGGCUACGUCCUGGGCUUUGUCCUCAGAGUCCUGAGCGGAGAGCCGCUCCUCGGCCUCCCGCCCGUCAUCAGGUUCCCCGGCUGCCGCCUGAACAAGGAAGGCAAGCUAACCCAGUACUUCCCUUUCCGCACCUUCAUCAUGGUCACCUCCCUYGUGUCCAUCGUCCUGUUCUCAUGGUUGGCCUCGGUCGUCUUCAGCAGAGGCCUCCUGCCCGACCAGUGGGACGUGUUUCACAUCAAACACAAACAAAGUGACGAAGCCACGAACGUAAACCUGAACCAGAACGAGGACGACGUCACGGCCAAACAGCCUCUGAAAACCAGCCGCUGCUAAACUUUGGUUCAAAACAUGAAACCUGCAGAAAAUCUGCUUUUAUAUUAAAUAAACACAUUUACAUUUUGAUUCACAUAACAAAGACUUUACUUUUAUACUAAWAUCUGCAAAAUGUGU